UCACUAUUCAAACUCCUUGCCCACAAUUGGAAAUUUUCACCUAAACAAGACUCGAAAACGGAACGGUUGGACGAUAGAGAAGAACCGCAUAAGUAGCGACAUCACUGUUCACGGAUCACGAGCAUGACUUCACCGUCAACGAACAUUUGCCAUGAAUGAAUGGGAUCUCAUAUUGCUCCCCUUGCUUCAAAACUCAAGCACCUUUCUCUCUCAACAUCACACUAUAUUUCACUCUUAGAAAGCUACACCAACGUUAGAUCUCUCCCUCUUUCAAAAAAAAAAAACGUUAGAUCUCUCCCUAAAAUCAAGCAACUUCACGCUCAAAUCAUUACGACUGGUAUAUUUCCUCUCUCCUCUCCAAAACUUGUCACUCUCUUCUCUAAUCUUGCUUCAAGUUAUGCUCUUUGUGGUCAUGUCGCAUAUGCACGCAAGCUAUUCGACGAAUUGCGCCAACCAAAGUUGUUCUUGUACAAUGCCAUUAUUAGGAUGCACUCACAAAGUGGCUCACCAUUUGAGGUUCUUAAGCUUUUUGUUGAUAUGCUUUCAUCUGGGUACCUUCUUCCUGAUAGGUUUACAUACCCUUUUGUUAUCAAGGCAUGUGGGGAUUUGUCAUUGCUUAAGAGUGGUGUUAUUCUUCAUGGGAAGGUUGUAACUGGUGGGUUUAGUUCAAAUGUGUUUGUGUUGAAUUCUAUAUUGGCUAUGUACAUGAGUUGUGGUGCAGUAGAGAUGGUGAAGCGUGCUUUUUAUGUGAGUGGUGGGAGGGAUAUGGUUUCUUGGGCUACAAUGAUCAGUGGGUUUGUUAAGAAUGGGUGUCCUAAUGAUGCAUUAUUGAUCUUUGAUGAAAUGAUUGAUAGUGGUGCUCAGCUUAACAGGUCUGCCGUGUUAUCAGUGUUGUCUGCUUGUGGGGAUUUGAAGGAUUUGAGUUUCGGAAUAAAGGUUCAUGGGAUUGUUGUAGAGAAGGGUUUAAAAGAUGAUAUAUGUAUAUGUAACGCGUUGAUCAAUAUGUAUGCAAGAUGUGGUAGAAUGGAUGAAGCAAAACAAGUAUUUAACAAGAUAAAGGAGAGAGAUGUGGUGACGUGGACCACCCUGAUGCAAGGGUACAUUUCAAAUGGAAAUGCUAAAUAUGCAUUGGAGUUUUGUUGGCUGAUGCACCUGGAAGGAGUGGUACCCAAUUCAGUGACUGUUGCUACGUUGCUUCAGGCUUCUGGAAGUUUGCAGGCAGUAAAACAAGGCCGGUGCUUGCAUGCUUGUGUGGUUAGGCAAAAUCUUUUGCGUGAUGCAAUUAUUGAAACUGCAUUGAUUGACAUGUAUGCUAAAUGCAACCAUAUCCGUGAUUGCUUCUUAGUUUUUACUCAAAGUUCACAAAAAAGAGUAGCAUCCUGGAACGCAAUGAUUUCUGCGUACACACAUAAUGGUUUGGCGAGUGAUGCAAUAGACUGUUUUAAACAAAUGCUGCAUGAAGCAGUAGGUCCUGAUGCUAUUACUAUUAGUGGUCUCCUUUGUGCUUAUGCUGAUUUAGUUAAUGGACGACAGUCUUUUAGUGUUCAUGGUUGCUUGAUAAAAUCUGGAUUUUUAUCAGAUAUUGAAGUUGUGAGAGGCCUUAUUGAUAUAUAUUCAAAAUGUGGAAAGCUGGAGUAUUCUCAGAAGUUAUUUAAUGAAGUUUCACUCUUAUGUAGAGAUAUUACUUUGUGGAGUGCGCUAAUUGGUGGAUAUGGAGCACAUGGACACGGUGAGACUGCAGUUUUACUUUUUAAACGCAUGGUUCAGUCUGGAGCUAAACCAAAUGAGAUUACCUUCACCUGUGUUUUAGAUGCAUGUAGCCAUGCUGGUUUAGUGGAUGAGGGUCUUGAGCUGUUCAAACUUAUGGUCACAACUUGCCAAGCUAAUCCCAGCAUGUAUCAUUAUACAUGUAUGGUUGAUCUUCUUGGUCGAGCUGGCCGUUUGCAAGAAGCUUAUGAGUUGAUCAAAACAAUGCCAUUCACUCCCAAUCAUGCUGUUUGGGGUUCUUUGAUGGGUGCUUGCGCUGUACAUCAAAAUGUUGAACUUGGAGAGAUUGCUGCUAAGAUACUUGUUAAUAUAGAGCCAGAGAACACAAGCAAUUAUGUCUUGCUGGCAAACAUAUAUGCUUCUGCAGGCAGAUGGGAAGAUGCAGAGAAUUUGCGCUUAAUGAUAGAUAAUGUUGGGUCUGGAAAGAAACCUGGUCAUAGUUUUAUUGAGGCCAAAGUUACGUAGGUGGGCUAGUAAAUAUGUAUCUAGAGUUUUCAUUAAAGCUCCAAAUUUGGUGGAGCAAUAGAUGAUGUCUGAUCUCUGCUUGCAGGAUAAGAAAUUGGGCAAAGGGAGCAACUGUUUUGAAAGAGUAAUCUCACACUUCUAAUGUCUGCUUCCUUUUCUGUGUUGCUGUAUACUGCUGUACAGAUAUGAUGCAUAUGCGCAGAUAGUGGAGAUAUUGGAAUCAUUUGCUGUUGCAAAAUUCUGCAGGUUGAAAUGGUUUUCAACUCCUAGCCUAAUCAGAAAUCAAGUUCUUCUUUCAAGAACACCAGUAAAUUUUAAACCAUAAUUCUUUUUGUGCCGAGCUCCAUGAAAGUUAUGAUCUUGAUUUUCAUUAAAUAUUGUUGUUUGUUGAAGACAGUGGAGACUGGAGUAUAGACUGUCAUUCCGUUGUGCUGAAUUAACAAGGGACAAUUUUGUCAUCUUUAUCUUCGGAAUGCAACCGGUUUCUGAAAAAGAUGUUCCAUUUAAUGAGUUCGGGAUCCUUUCCAUCUCCUUACAGUAAAUAAGAUUGUCUGGGGCACAAAAAUUUGUUGAAAGUCGGUUAGAGGGGGAUCAUAGAGUUUAUCAUGACAGCAUUCUUCUUUGGUAUCUGUAGCCUGUAGGGGACUGGUCUUGGAUAAAAUGCAUGCACGAGGCUUCAGUAGUCGUGCUAUCGUAACUAGGCAGCCAACUGAGGGGAAGGCUAGAAAUGGAGGUACUAAUCCGACUAUGAUCUGUAUAAACUGCAAAAAGUUUGCUUUUCCUUGACACUUAAUUUUUGUUCAGGACUAAGGGUUGGUGAAAUCUUAUUUUAUCUGAAAUAAACUUAUUUGUGUGUGAAAAUGUUUGAAAAAAACUUUCUGAACUUAUUAUUUUGUCCGAAAUAAGUCAAAAUAAAUCGAACAUAAUAGAGCCUUGAAUUCGA